AUGGAUAUGGGGCCAAGGUAAGAAAACCGUUGUGAACUGCAACUCUCUGCUUAGCUCUAGCCAGUCUCUUCAAUUUUCCCAUCUCACCGUUCCCAUUUCUCUUUAAUUAACGGCCAGGACGGAGAAAAAAGAAGAAAAGGGGAAAGGGAAAAUUAAUAGCAGAAGAAGGAAGAAGUGGCCUGCUGGUGCUCUCUUUCCUAGAACAAAGUCUUCUCAACUUCCCAGGAUCACAACUUUCAACUUCUUCUCGAACCAGGAGGAAAUUUCACCAUCUUGGUCUGAUGAUGUCGGACCAAAGCUGACAACUUUUCUUCUCCCGCGAUUUGUAAACUGAAUUUGAUCUCGGCCCUCGAAAAUGGCGAAGAGGAUGAUGCGCAGGGUAGCAGGGAUGAAUAUCGACCAAGUUGUGGAGGUCUUCAAUGCUCUUUAUGAAGAGAAGAAGCCCAUCCUACCAUUUUUGAUUCCCUUGUUGUUGUUUCUUUGGUGCGUUGAGAGAUGGGUUUUCUCUCUUUCCAAUUGGGUUCCUCUUGCUGUUGCUGUUUGGGCUCUUCUUCAGUAUUCGAGUCAUCAGAAAAGAAUGCUUGUGGAAGAUCUGAACAGAAAGUGGAAACGAGUUAUAUUAAGCACAUCGGCAACAACAGCUGUAGAACACUGUGAGUGGCUGAACAAGAUGUUGCUGGAAAUUUGGGCGAAUUAUUUCAACCCACGGCUUUCUACAAGGUUCUCAUACAUAGUGGAGGUUAGAUUUUUCCCCUUGUCACGCUCACAGACUCUUAAAGGAGCGGAAACCCAAGCUCAUAGAAGCACUACUCUUGUUAUGCAGGAAUGGGUUGAACUGCAGGAGUUUUCUCUAGGCUCAUCCCCACCUAGCUUGGGCCUUAGUGGGAGUCGCUGGGCAACUGCAGGUGACCAGCGAGUGAUGCACAUGAGUUUUGAUUGGGACACCUGUGACAUGAGCAUCAUGCUAUUGGCUAAGUUGGCCAAGCCAUUAGGAACUGCUCGGAUUGUUAUUAACAGCCUGCAGAUCAAGGGUGAUCUUCUCUUGAUGCCAAUUUUGGAAGGGAGAGCAGUUCUCUACUCUUUUGUGUCGACUCCUGAAGUAAGAAUAGGAGUCGCCUUUGGAAGUGGUGGAAGCCAAUCUCUACCUGCCACUGAGCUUCCUGGCGUUUCUUCUUGGUUGGUCAAACUUUGCUCUGACACCUUAGAUAAAACAAUGGUUGAGCCUCGACGUCGGUGUUUCUCUUUACCGGCUGUAGACUUGAGAAAGAAGGUUGUUGGUGGGAUUGUACAUGUGACGGUUGUUUCAGCUAGUAAACUUUCUAAGUCUAGUUUCAAGGGAAGUCCAACAAGAAAGCAGCAACAGAGUUCAGAAGAUGGUGUUGAUGAUAAUGAUUUGCAGACUUUUGUGGAAGUCGAGCUUGGUCAGUUAACAAGGAAGACAAAUGCAAGACCAGGCUCAAGUCCCAAAUGGAAUUCAACUUUCAACAUGGUGCUACAUGAAGAAACUGGAAUCUUGCGGUUCAAUCUUUGCAACUGUAACCCCGAUAGUGUGAAGUAUGACUACCUAUCAAGUUGUGAGAUCAAGGUAGAUUCCAUACUUAUGGUUGAUGUGUUUCACAGGAUGAAGUAUGUUGCAGACGAUUCAACAGUUUUUUGGGCAAUAGGGCCAGACUCAAGUAUAAUAGCGAAGCAUGCCGAGUUCAGUGGAAGAGAAGUUGAAAUGAUUGUUCCAUUAGAAGGGCCAAACUCUGGGGAGUUGGCUGUGAAGCUUGUGGUAAAAGAAUGGCAAUUCUCGGACGGUACGCACAGCCUGAACAAGUACAAAAGCAGGUCUCGACAAUCUGUGGAUGGAUCAUCGAUUCUUCCUUCAAGAACAGGACGGAAGAUCAAUGUAACUGUUGUGGAAGGACAAGAUCUAACUGUCAAAGAAAGAUCGGGCAAGUUUAACCCAUAUGUCAAGUUGCAGUAUGGAAAGGCAGUCCAGAAGACAAAGACUUCACAAUUUCCCAAUCCUAUCUGGAACCAAAAGUUUGAAUUUGAAGAGAUUGGAGGGGAUGAGUACCUUAAGAUCAAAUGCUAUACCGAAGAAGUGUUUGGGGAUGAAAGCAUUGGUAGUGCAAGGGUAAAUUUGGAAGCUUUAGUUGAGGGUUCGAUAAGGGAUGCAUGGAUUCCUCUGGAGAAAGUAACCUCAGGAGAACUGCGGCUUCAGAUAGAAGCAGUGAAAGUUGAUGAGGAUGAUGGAUCAAAGAGCAUGACUUCAAGUUCACCUAUUGGCUGGAUUGAACUUGAAAUUAUUGAAGGGAGGGAUCUUAUUGCUGCCGAUCUUAGAGGAACAAGUGAUCCAUACGUUAGGGUGCAAUAUGGAAACUUGAAGAGGCGAACAAAGGUGGUCUUCAAAACUCUCACUCCACAAUGGAACCAGAUGUUAGAGUUUCCGGACGAUGGCAGUCCCUUGGAAUUGCAUGUCAAAGACCAUAAUGCGUUGCUACCUGGAUCCAGUAUAGGUGACUGUGUUGUAGAGUACCAAAGGUUGCCCCCAAACCAAACAUCCGACAAGUGGAUACCUCUGCAAGGUGUGAAAAGAGGCGAGAUACACGUUCGAGUCACCAGGCGAGUCCCUGAACAACCAAAGAGAACUAGCUCAGAUUCUGAAGGCUAUUUGAGUAACUCCCAUAAACUUACAGGCCAGUUGAAGCAGAUGAUGUCAAAGCUCCGAUCUUCUGUUGAAGGUGGGAAUCUCGAUACUGUUUCAUUAGCUUUGAGUGAGAUGGAAAGUGUAGCAGAGACCCAAGAAGAGUACAUGGUACAGCUCGAGACCGAGCAAAUGCUUCUUCUUAACAAGAUAAAAGAGCUUGGUGAAGAAAUCCUUAAUGCUCCACCAGUCUUGGAAAGAAGAUCAUCUGCUGCAAUAUAA